AUGACAGCAAGCACCCCCAGUCCUCAAAGAACAGGAGUCUCCCCUUCCUCAUCACCUCGCCUCCCCUCCCCUCCACCGUUCACAGAAGUCCAGAUAGGACCGAAAAGCCCGACUAUUGGAGAUGGACCAGAAAAUCAGCUGGGAGAAGUGGCCAAGCACGACGAUGGUUCUACCAGACGAAUACGGCCAGGCACAAAAGCUGCUGAUAUGGAUUCGGGCCCGCCUCUCAUACCCCUAGCAGAACUCGAGUCACCUUUCCAACUUCAAGAACAUUUGAAAGCCCUCUAUCACACCCAUACUCGAGGUCCCAACGACUCCAUAACACCUAUCACUCGCCAGACAGCUCUUAACUUGUCCACGCCUCCCACCGGUAUCGACAAACCACUAUGGCUCUACGAACUUUGCCGCUUCCUUACAAUGAAAGCCAACAAUCUAAUCAUCGCCUUCUUUGCCGACAGCCCUCCUUGCUCCGCCGCCACCUGUCCCGAAAUGCGCGCCAGUGAAUGGCAGUAUCUCUGUGCUGUGCACGACCCGCCCAAGUCGUGCUGUGCUAUCGACUACUGCUGCCACACGCUGGACUGGGCAGCUAAUAUAUUGACAAGUCCAAAAUACUUUCCAAGUCGCCUGACACUGGGAGGGGAUAUGGGAGGAGGUGGUGGAGGAGGAGGAGGAGGAGGCGGAGGGUCACAAGCUAGCAUGCGGCAUUUGACCAACAUAUUCAGGAGGGUGUACCGGAUCUUUGCACAUGCGUGGUUUCAGCAUAGGGGCGUCUUCUGGCAGGUCGAGGGACAUGAUGGACUCUACGUAUUCUUCAAGACGGUGUGUGAUGUCUAUCAACUGAUACCCGAAGAUAAUUACACAAUACCGAGUGAAGCGGAAGGAGGCGAUGACACUAUGGAGACACCUGUGGAGAAGAGGAGCCCAGAGAUGGGAAGAAUGAGUCUACUGAAGAAAGGCGGAGAAGAUGGACAGAGAGAUCUACAGGAGGGUGGUGAGAGCGAACCUACGAUGACAGUGAGUGUUGGUGCUACAACUCGAAGGCACAAGCACACACCAAGCACGGGUAGUCAUGUAACGACUAUUGCCGAAGGUUCAGAGGAGGAUGAGUUACCAUCGAACGAGAGUGGUGCCAAAGCUUUGCCAGAUCAGUCAGAACCUCCGCGAGGGCGGCCUAUGCCGUCGAGCGAAGACACGAUAGCAAAUGGCCUAGGAAAACUCACUCUAGGAGAUCUAAGCCCUACAACAAACAAAGAUGGGCCGGCGGAGCAACCCACGCCACAGCCGCAAAGUGUAGAGAAGAAUCCGUUCGAGGAUGGCGAAAAGAACGAGGAAGCCAUGGAAGCAGCAGACGUGGCCGCCACAGGAAGUGGAGCGAGUGUCGGAGAAGAAGGGGGUGAUGAUAAAAAAGAGGAAGAUCCUCACACUUCGGAAUAUGUCGACCUACCAGAGGGUUCAAGCGUUAUGCAAGGCAGUGGUGCUGAGCCUAUAUUUCCUGCCAAGGAGAUAGAUGCAGAGGAGAAGGGAGGGGAGAAUGACAGGCCCGAGCAGAUUGAGGGCCAAACGAAAGUAUCUUGA